UUAUUUAUGAAUCAAGUAUAGAAUUCUCUAGAUUUCUAAUUGAAACAACUAUUUUUUAAAGGUAAAAAUAUAUAUAGGUGACUGACAAACAACUAAAUAUUUUGUAAUCCCAAAUCUCAAUAGCAACCAAACAUGUUUAAUGUUUAUAACUAGGUAUAUGUAUUUGUAUUAUUUUUUUGUUCGAUUUCAAGCAGAUUAUAAUAUUUUGGAAAUAUCAAAUAUCUUGGUAAGAAAUUUAUACAUAAUAAUAUAAUGUCUGGUGUAUUUAUUAUUUGUUUUCCUUUUUGGUUUCAGAGAUGAUAUUAAGUGUAAUCUGUGACAUUGCCGGCGAGGCCAUUUUGUAUGGCCUCGGCCGGUUUAUCGAUUAUGCCAUAAGGCAAAAUCAAAACUCGAUCGGCCGCAGACAAGAAGCGAGGACGUCGAAGGCCGAUAACUGCGACUCGUUUAAUUUAACAAUGGCCGGCGUUCCUGCUGAACCAGCCGUUGCCAGGAAAACUGGAAUAACUAAAGAUUUAGGAAGAGCAUUACCAAUGAUGGUCUAUGUUUUCCAUUGCUCCGAACAAAUGGAUUUUAGAGUAAAUUAAUCAAUCUUGACCGAAUUAAUUGUAUAAAAUAUUAUGCAUCUUAAAAGAUUGCCUUGAGAUAUUAGAUUAUAAAAUUUAAAUUUUAGGGGGUGGAUGGAAAUUGUUGCGAAUAUGAAGUUAUAAUGCGAGCUCUUCGAAAGCUCACCACUCAAAAAAUUGUAACUGAAGAUACUACUUUAUUUAUGGGACUCGUCGGUGAUUUGUUUAUUACGCUAGACGUGCCCCGAACACGUGAAUUAGAAUUUGAAAAUCAAAUUCGUCAAGCUAUGGUUGACUUGAAACUCCAGCAUAAGAAUAAUUUCAUUCUCAAGGUCCUUACACAAAUAAUUAAAAACAAUAUAACUGUGACCUGUUCUAUACAACAUA